AUGUCAUUUGCUCAGGAAAUCGGAAAUCCCGUUCUCACUCCCGCCCAGGCUGUGGACCCCGAGCCCAUUGCUGCGGGUUCGAGUUCACGCACAACCACCGAGACGGUAACUACUGACAUCGUUCGAGAUGCUGGCUCUGAGUCGAGCGAUGAAGGGGUUCGGAUGAGCCCUGCUGCCGCCAGGCGCUUCGCUCGUCGUAACAUGAGGCGGACAGCCGCCACACCAGAUCUCGUCACUAGCCUCGUCAGACCACCGUCUCCCGAAGCCUUUUACAACGCCCAAGAUGCCAACGGACAUGUUGUACAGCGCAUGCCGAGGCCAGUCGCCAUAUUGUCGCAGCCAUAUGGUCGCCGGCACGCUGAUGCUGGCCCCAACCGUAGGACCGGCCCUUUGCUGCCACCGCACCUUUGCUCUCUUGAUAUACCCAAAAAAUACGGCGGCAGCUGCAUAUUCGACAUGCACACCUUGACCUACGUCUCCGACCCCGAUCCGAACUUACUCUGUCCGAUAUGUCACGAUCCACUGGUCGAUCCUGUUACAACGCCGUGUGACCAUACAUUCUGCUACAGGUGCCUGCGACGCAGUAUAGCAUCAAGUCCAUCAGGUACAGCCUGUCCCAUUGAUCGCGAGCUCCUAUUGUGGGUGGACUGCUUCAGUGCGGCUAGGCUUGUCCGCACACAGCUCAACUGCUUGAUUGUCAAAUGCCCCAACCAAGGACGAGGUUGCGAAAGAGAACUGCGGCGUGAAAACGUCGAGAAACACGCCACUACGGAAUGCCGCUUCCGGGAAUUUACAUGCCCUGAUACUACGUGUGACAAGAAGCUGCGUGCCAAACCCAAGGAUGAUGAGUGCCACCACAAGGAAGUGGAUUGCGACAUGUGCGAUGAUAAGGUGGAAGAAACAGACAAGGAGCUGCAUUUGCUCUCUUGCCCCCAGGCCAAGACGAGAUGUCAGGCCUGCUGGCAACUGGUUUGUCGUUCGCAGAUGGACUCGCAUCACGACCUGGAGUGUGAUGGGAUAGAAGUUGGCUGCCCUUAUGAAGACUUGGGUUGUCCAGUUAGGACAAUACGCGGAGAAAUCGGGGCACAUUCAUUUACAUGCGCCUUUCACCCGGAAACACCAUCGGGCGUUGUUAUCCGUAAUCAACGAGAAAUCAUCCAGUCGUAUAGCGAUCUGACAAGCCAGUUCCGAGACAUGCAGCUUCGCCAAGAUGAAACGGCAAAACGGAUCGACGAAGCUUUGGCAGAUGGCCGGAAGCAUGGCGAAGGUGGAAGCGGCCGGAACGACUCAGUUUUUAAUGACAACCGAACUAUGCAGGACCUGGACGCCGGCUUCGAAGAAGUGCAUCAGAACUUGACCCAUCUCGAGGCUAGGCAGAGUAUGUGGACAUUGAAUCAAGUGAUGCCGAUACGCGAGGAGGUCACAGAGCUACGGAACAACAUUAACAUGAUACGCAUGCAUGUGAACUGGCUUUUGAAUCGGAGUCGCGAAGAAGGACGUAUUAGAGCAGCGAACACGACAGGGCCAACGACGGGUAUUCGUCGUGACAGUUCAGGUGAUGGGCCACCCAUCUUACCCGAGAGGCGGAGAUCAUCAAGUGCUGAUAUGGACGUACCUCGACUCUGA